GCCAAUAUCAAAGAUGGUGGCAGUGGUUAUAAGUGGCGGCAGCAGGUUGCGCGCCACUAACAAAGAUGGCAGUGGACAUUCGGUUAGCGACGGCGCGAAAGCGUGUCUCUUUACCGGCGGAGGUUGGUAAACAUCUGGUAUCACCGGGAGACACCAUCACCACCGACACCGGUUUCAUGAGAGGCCAUGGUACCUACAUGGAAGAUGAGAAGUUAAUUGCGUCAGUUGCUGGAGCUGUGGAAAGAGUGAACAAGUUGAUAUGUGUCAAGCCACUUCAAACCAGAUACAAUGGGGAAGUUGGGGAUGUCGUUGUGGGCAGAAUCACAGAGGUGCAGCAGAAGCGAUGGAAAGUGGAGACCAACUCCAGACUGGACUCUGUACUGCUUCUGUCAUCUGUUAAUCUUCCUGGAGGUGAACUUGUGAGUAACAGAAAAAUACUUCAAUUUCUGUAGCGUUUUUCAGACACUCAGGAUGUCCUGCAGCGCUUUACAGUUGAUGGAAUGUAAUUCUGUUGGAAUGCCUGGAACAUGGCAGUCACUUAACACACAGCAAUCUGCUGUAAACAGCAGUGUGAUAUUGACUGGAUAAUCUGUCUUGGUGAUGUUUGCAGGAUAAAUAUUGUCCAGAAGACUCCUAAGCCAUCUUCAAAUUACUGAUGUGGGAUAUUUUGAGAGGGCAGACAGG